CCCUGAACGAGCAGGAGAAGGAGCUGCAGCGGCGGCUGAAGCGCCUCUACCCGGCUGUGGACGAGCAGGAGACGCCGCUGCCGCGCUCCUGGAGCCCGAAGGACAAGUUCAGCUACAUCGGCCUCUCGCAGAACAACCUGCGGGUGCACUACAAAGGUCAUGGCAAAACCCCAAAAGAUGCAGCGUCAGUGCGUGCCACCCAUCCAAUACCAGCAGCUUGUGGCAUUUAUUAUUUUGAAGUAAAAAUCGUCAGUAAGGGAAGAGAUGGUUACAUGGGAAUUGGUCUUUCUGCUCAAGGUGUGAACAUGAACAGGCUGCCAGGUUGGGAUAAGCAUUCGUAUGGUUACCAUGGGGAUGAUGGACAUUCAUUUUGUUCUUCUGGAACGGGACAACCUUAUGGACCGACUUUUACAACCGGUGAUGUCAUUGGCUGUUGUGUUAACCUUAUCAACAAUACCUGCUUCUACACCAAGAACGGACAUAGUUUAGGUAUUGCUUUCACUGAUCUACCGCCAAAUUUGUACCCCACUGUGGGCCUUCAGACACCUGGAGAAGUCGUCGAUGCCAAUUUUGGGCAGCAUCCAUUUGUGUUUGACAUCGAGGACUACAUGCGGGAGUGGAGAACCAAGAUCCAGGCACAGAUCGACCGUUUCCCUGUAGGAGACCGAGAAGGGGAAUGGCAGACCAUGAUACAAAAAAUGGUUUCGUCCUAUCUAGUGCACCAUGGGUACUGUGCCACCGCAGAGGCCUUUGCCAGAUCCACAGACCAGACCGUCCUCGAGGAACUAGCUUCCAUUAAGAAUAGACAAAGAAUUCAGAAAUUGGUGUUAGCAGGAAGAAUGGGAGAAGCCAUCGAAACAACACAACAGUUAUACCCGAGUUUACUUGAAAGAAAUCCUAAUCUCCUUUUCACAUUAAAAGUGCGUCAGUUUAUAGAAAUGGUGAAUGGUACAGACAGUGAAGUGCGGUGUUUGGGAGGCCGAAGCCCCAAAUCUCAAGACAGUUACCCAGUUAGCCCUCGACCUUUUAAUAGUCCAAGUAUGAGCCCUAACCAUGGGAUGAAUAUUCACAGUUUAGCAUCAGGCAAAGGAAGUACUGCACAUUUUUCUGGUUUUGAAGGUUGUAGUAAUGGUGUAAUAUCAAAUAAAGCACACCAGUCAUACUGCCACAGUAAACACCAGUCAUCCAACCUGAAUGUACCAGAGCUGAACAGUAUAAACAUGUCACGAUCACAAGUUAGCAGCUUCCCCAGUAAUGAUGUAGACAUGGAAACAGAUCACUACUCCAAUGGGGUUGGAGAAGCAUCGUCCAAUGGUUUCCUAAACGGCAGCUCAAAGCAUGACCACGAAAUGGAAGAUUGUGACACUGAAAUGGAGGUCGAUUCGAGCCAGCUGAGACGCCAGCUGUGUGGAGGAAGCCAAGCGGCCAUAGAGAGAAUGAUCCACUUCGGAAGAGAGCUACAAGCCAUGAGCGAGCAACUAAGGCGCGAGUGCGGCAAGAACACAGCAAAUAAAAAAAUGCUGAAGGACGCCUUCAGUUUGCUAGCUUACUCAGACCCGUGGAACAGCCCCGUCGGCACUCAGCUGGAUCCGAUCCAGAGGGAACCUGUGUGCUCCGCUCUCAACAGUGCAAUAUUGGAAACCCACAAUCUGCCAAAGCAACCUCCACUCGCCCUAGCAAUGGGCCAGGCCACACAAUGCCUAGGACUGAUGGCACGAUCCGGCAUCGGAGCCUGUGCCUUUGCCACAGUGGAAGACUACCUACAUUAGCUAUGCAGUUACAAGAGCUCACACGUAUAUUGUGGCAUAUAGUCAACAUGGAAGUAGACCAGCUCUGCUGAUUUGAAAUUUAGAUUUUUUAAUUAUGUACUGGGGACAGGUUUUUGUCGCUUUACAUUGCUUCCUAGUUUACAGCAUGAUGCAAAUGAUUUUCUAACUUAGUGUUAGGAGAAAUUAUUUUCCAUCUUUAACCUCUUAGUUAUCUAAGAGUUUAAUAUUACUGAAUUUCAGACGUUCAAAUUGAUCAUUACAAAUCCUUUAAAACAAUUACCUAAAAGAAACCAAAAAGUCCUGCCUUCUUUGGGGGAGGGGAGACGGGGUAAGGAAGCGGAACAGGUUGUGUUUGUGUUAGCAUGUGGGUGAUGUAAACUUCAAAUUGGGAGAUGUUCCGACCCCCCACUCCCAUAUAAGCAUCCAAUCAGUGUAACUUGCAAAAUGCAUAAACAUCCGACAGUUUGAAUUUAUAGUGUUGAUGGAAGAAAUCAUUUUUAAUGUGUACUGUAAAACUUGAAAUACUCAGGAGCUGAGUGAAUAUGUUUGUUGCUACUUACAAUCCCGACCUGUUAGUCCCGGUAGUUUUGUUUUAACAUGGUCUUUUUCAACUUUGUUUCCUGUUUAACUACAGACCGUUUCUGUUGUAGACUCACAAGUUUAACUGUUGUAUUAUAACAGUAUUACAUGUCAACAGUGUGGUUAUGACCUUUAUUUAUAUAAAAACCAAAUAUUUAGUCAAUUUACCGUGUCUUAAUUUAAUCUUUGUACACCUUCCAUUUUUAAGUGCUUAAAUGAGUACUAUAUUGCAAUAAAAAUGUAGUGAUAUAAUUAACCAGCCAUUAAAAAUUUACUUCUACAGA